AUGUCAAAGCAUCUGAGAUCUAAAAGUUGUCAGAAUGUUCGCGAAAUUUAUCUAUCAUCUGUUCUACAAGAUAAUAGAAGUUUAGAAAUAGCCCUUGCCAAGCUGAUUGUAAGUUUCAUACAGGACAUAAUAGACAGCCCGACUUCAAAAUCUCUAUUGGGUAGAGCUUUAAUGUUCAAAAGUAUUCAUAGCGACUAUUCAGAAUAUGACUCAUUUGGCCACAUUUUUCGCCAGCUUGACCAAAAGUCGUUUGACUACCAAGAAUCGCAGCCAGAAUUAGAAUAUAAAAAGCGCCUUGAAGCCUUAUUAGAAUUUUUAAAAUACGAGUGCACACGAAUGUGCCCAAAAGCAUUUUACACAGUAAUUGAGCGAGUUAUUGAUGAAUUUAGGCCUGCCAUAUUCUUGAGCCUCUACCAUCCUUGUCUUGGCAAAAUUUUAAAUGAGUAAUAAUUAUAUAGUCUCUCCUUAUAUCUCAAAACAGACACUUGCCAUAUUCACUUACUUGCUCUAAUAAUGGAAUUAAAGUGAUGGCUAGAUAAAAAUUUCGACGAAGAGGUGAUUGCUAGAAAAAUUCGGAAAUUUUUUAUCCCCUUAUAUGGAAUUUUAAGCCUUGAAGAGUCUUGAGAACCUGAAGCUCUAAAAGGCAUUGAAAAUAUUUUAAAUGAUGAAAGGGUCGAAUAUUUACUCAAGAAAUACAGCUGUGAUCGCGACGAGAUCCCCAUGGCAAUAUCUGACCAAAUGAUCCCAAACCUUCUCGAAUUUGACCAAAAUAUAAGCUUUUUUAGUGAAGGCUCCAUAAAGUCUGAUCGCUCAUCAAAAUCCUUGAAAUUGCCUCACUUAAAAGAAAACUCAAUCUCCAAAUAUAAAGAACUGGCUUUCAGAAGAUGCGCCUCUUGUGAAGACUUAAAGAUUUCUUCACAAGAGAAAAUCCAAAACAAUUUAUUUUCUGUUUUGGCUUCCUCGAGCUGAAACUCAAAUAAUUUUUCUGAAAAUCCCUAUGUGAGUGAUAUAUAUAUAGCAAUUACUCCUCCUAGCAGGGCGAGUACUACAUCUAUAUUUCCCUCUGAAAGCUCUUCAUAUCAUCCUAUGAUAAACAUUUUGCAUAGUAUCCAAGGGAAUUCUGUGCAAGAGGAAGAGGAAUUGAUGAAGCUGGAGCAUCCAUUUGCGUCAGAUAUAAACGAAAUUGUGUCUUUAGAAUCAAUCACCCCAAUCCCUAGAGAAUGGGUGACUUUGCUUGAGUCUUCUGAUAGAAAAAUCAUAUGCAAAGUCCUCAGUUCUAAAGGCUUAGUCUUGAUAUUAGCAUUUUUGUCUUUGCCAGUCCCUUAUAAAGAGGUGUUAGCUGUCUUGCAGCAGCCAAAAAACACCCAAAAAGGGGCAAUAAGAGAUUUAACAGUUUUAGACGUGUCUUCUUAUUAUGACAUUGUGUCAUUCAAUUUGAUGCCAUAUGGAGGUAUAGCUGAGAGAGAGUUUAUUUGUAGAAGGAUGGCAAUAAAAGACUACCCAACUAAAAAGUCUCAUAUUUUUGUCAUGAAAAAUAUCGAUGACUUUGAAAAUCCAGACAGCAAACUUGCAAAAGGAAAAUUGCUGAUGUCAGGAACAAUUUUAAGGCCAGCUAUAAAUGGAGGAUGCACCAUCAGCCAUGUGCAUAAAAGCCAACUUGGCGGGAUAAUUCCAAAGCCGUUACUUUACAAGUAUUAUUUGGAACUUAUCAGCCAAGUGCUUUCGGAUAUAGAAAAUUCUGUCUAA